CGAAACCAUCAGCAGGGUUCCCGCAAAAUGCAGCCACAACUACAAACGUUAUGCAUCAUCCAACAAGCUUCUUUACUUGUUUCACGCAAGACCGAACUGCCAUGGGAUCUGGGUCCUGUUCUACGCAAGGUCACUCCUACUCCUAUCUCAUGGCAAUCUCCUCUGAUGAACAAGGUUCAUAUUCCAAGUAAGAUAAGAGCAGUGUCUAUAGAUGAAAUUCCUCCAAAUGCCUUCCGUCGGAAGAUUGAUCCACACUGGAGAGGUGGGUUCAGUGUGGGAGUAGACUUGGGAUUAUCUCGGACGGGUGUUGCUGUCAGCAAAGGCUUCUCUGCCCGUCCUCUAACUGUUUUAGAGUUGCGAGGACAGAAGCUCGAGUCGCGUCUUCUCGAGAUUGCAGAACGAGAGGAAGCUGAUGAAUUUAUAAUCGGGCUCCCUAAAUCUCGUCAUGGAAAGGAGACACCGCAAUCGAACAAAGUUCGCAGUGUUGCCGGGAGACUUGCAGUCCGAGCAGCAGAAAGGGGUUGGAGGGUAUACCUGCAGGAUGAACAUGGGACAUCAAUGGAAGCCCUUGAUUUUAUGAUUGACACGGGCAUCAACAAGUCCACUCGGCAGGGAAGAAUUGACGCUUUUGCUGCUAUGAUGGUUUUAGAGAGAUAUUUCUCUAUGUCGGGUCAUGGAACUGAGCUUGUUCUUCCCAAGCAGUUGGAUCUUCAAGAAAAACUUCGAAAAGGUCCUCCCAAAGAUGAAGAUUUUUUCCCAGAAGAUUUUGAGGCUUGAUAAUGUACCAGUACAACCAAUUCAAGUACUAUGGUUUGUCUUGCUGCAUUUCUAGCAGGUUUGUAUUUUUCCUGAAAUUGCAAAAAAUUUAAGAUCCGAUUGAGAUGCUGAUUAACUUGCCUCCACCUGAAAAUGGAUCUACCAUCAUAUUUUGUAAUACUACAAAGUUGUUGUGUGAAAAUCUGACCUGAGGGGUGUCUGUAAGUUGGAUUUAAACUCUAGGUGCAGAUCUUACAACCCACCAAUGUGGGCUUUGUAAUCAUUGGCCAUGACCCAUGUUUUGAAGGAUUGAUCCAUCUCAGCUGGUCUUGGUAUUUGUCAGUGUGAGAUCAGUAACAUUGAAUCAGUUUUGACUACUUUACAUUAUUUCAUUUGUUACAAUGUUUUAGACCUGAGAGGUGAUAAUUCUCAGAGUUCUGAUUCAACAGAGUUUGCAUGAGGGGGAACUUGCAAAUGUGAACCAGUGGAGUGGCAUCAAAUGGGACAUGGCUAUACAAAACAAGGUCUGAAUGUCAAGUAGAUUUCAAUGAUGUUAUAAUGCCUCAACCUCAUGCAAGGGGAGUGUCAUCAAUCAUUCUCUUCAAAUUGAUAAUGCCCUUUAUGCAUCAUGGACACCAUAUUAUGUACACACGAUCAACACUACAGUGCAAUCAGUUGCAAUGGGACUGUCCAUUUCUUCUUGUGAAUGGACCAUUGAUGUUAAUUGGUAAAGUCUACAUGGUGAGCCCAAGUAGUACUUUUAAGGUUGAGUGGUAGUAGGUUAGGAUUUUACAGCUACAGGAUUAGUACAUAUCUAAUCUGGGUUUGUUUUAACAGUAAUGAAUUAAGAUGUCUAUUUUUCUGCAGAAUGGUUCAUGAAAUGUGGUUGUAUU